GAUUUGACCUUGCGGUCUUGUUUACGGUGUAUUUCAUUGAUCCGGGGGGGAAACAAAGGGGGAUUCUGUUCUGGAUGUUUUCAAAACAGACGAGAAUCGAACCGGGAGGGAGUAGCCGACCAAUCAGAGGCUACAACCGAUUGUGACGUCAUUCAUUGAGGGGAUGAGUACCCAGAGACGAGUAGAUUAUGAAACGAAAACAACGUAGUGCGUGUGUGUUGUGUUGUGAGUUGGGCAGUGAACGUAUUAGAGCCAUUGAUCACAUAGUUUUGUUCAAAAUUCAGUGAAAAUGGACUCUUUACGCGAACAAGUGAUGAUCAAUCAGUUUGUGCUGGCCGCUGGUUGUGCUAGGGAACAGGCCAAACAACUUCUACAAUCGGCUCACUGGCAAUUUGAGACUGCUCUGAGUAUAUUUUUCCAAGAGGCCGCCUUACCGACUUAUUCGCAAGCAGCAGCUGCCACACAUUUCGGACAAGUAUGCACGCCGUGUAAUACACCAGCUACGCCACCCAAUUUCCCUGACACCCUUAUGGCAUUUUCCAGGAUGUCGACUAAUGAAAAACUCAGUUCAUCACCUUCAGGCUUAUACUCAUCAUCCCCCAAACAACAGCAUCAACAUCAACAGCAGUUGCACCAGCAACAGCGGACCAAUGGCACGCAGCCUACCGGAGCAGUGGGCGUGACCAUCAACAGAUAGGUGACCAAUGAGAGCGCGCGACGCCUGCCCGGCGACCAAUCACACGCAGAACGCAGUGUGCUGAUCUCUAGUGGCCAAAGUGCGAACUACGAGUGCGCUAGUAACCCAAUAUGACAAUAAUCCUAGAAACCAGUCGGUUUAGUUUUUACCAUGUAUAUAAAAUGUAUAUCUCUAGUUAUGAAACGUAUUUCGUUUGUGUAUAUUUACUAGGCAAAGAAUAGCUUUUAGUUAGGUCUGGGACAGAAGAAAUUAACUUUUGAAAUAUUAAUAAUUUUAAUUAUUAUUAAAGUGGUUAGUGUGUUUACAAGGAGUAUGCAAUUUGUGAGCAUGUAAAUUGAUAAACCCUGACUAGUAAAACAAUUUAAAAAAUACUUAUUUUGAGACUCAAGUGCAAAUAUUUACGAUCUGUAUAAUAUUACUAUUAUCAUAUUAGAAGCUGCUAAAACUUGUACUAUGUAUUAUAUUACAAUUAUUAUUAUUAUAUGACAAAAAUGUGAUCAAUAUCUUGUUUUAAGUUUUACAAUAACUAUUGUUUUAGAUUUUAUAUUUUAUGAGAAAAAUGUUUUGAUUUGAAAGAAUCACUCUUUUUAUUACAAUAUUGUUGAUAAGAACAAGUAUUAUUAUUAUUAUUAUUGUCAUUGUAAUCAAUUGCACAGAAUUGUGUAAAUAUAAAGGAAUUAUUUGUUGAUGUCACAUUAAUGAAUAAAAUCAUCCAGUGAAUAAUGGAAAAUGUGCA